UGAAAGCAAGCAACAUCUCUGAAAAACAACAACAAUCACUACAGAGGGCUGGAAAAAGACAUGGCCCUAUGAAGCUUAGCAUUUGUGGCCUAUAAGCUGAAAUAAUUCCAGUCCAACUGCUGCUAUUUCAACCGGAGCUCUAUAAGUCGAUGUUGCGGAGCUCAUGAACUUGGCUAGUCAAAGCGGGGAUGCUGGCGGAAGCCAGCUCCUCUUCGCCAACUUUAACCAGGACAACACGUCCUUAGCUGUUGGCACCAAAUCAGGAUACAAGUUUUUCUCUCUGUCCUCUGUGGACAAAUUGGAGCAGAUAUAUGAAUGUACUGACACAGAGGAUGUGUGUAUUGUGGAGCGACUGUUCUCCAGCAGCCUUGUGGCCAUAGUGAGCUUGAAGGCCCCCAGGAAGCUCAAAGUUUGUCACUUCAAGAAGGGAACUGAGAUCUGCAACUACUCUUAUUCUAACACCAUACUGGCUGUCAAGCUCAACAGACAGAGGCUGAUUGUGUGUCUGGAGGAGUCACUUUACAUCCAUAACAUCAGAGACAUGAAAGUGCUGCACACUAUCAGAGAGACUCCACCCAACCCUUCUGGGUUGUGUGCCCUCUCCAUCAGCAAUGAUAACUGUUACUUGGCGUACCCAGGCAGUGCUACGAUAGGAGAGGUUCAAGUGUUCGACACAGUAAACCUACGGGCAGCAAACAUGAUUCCAGCCCAUGACAGCCCAUUAGCUGCUCUGGCGUUCGACGCAAGUGGUACCAAACUGGCCACAGCAUCAGAGAAGGGCACAGUCAUCCGUGUCUUCUCCAUCCCAGAGGGACAGAAGCUCUUUGAGUUUCGUCGAGGAGUCAAGAGGUGUGUGAGCAUCUGUUCGCUGGCGUUCAGUAUGGAGGGUCUCUACCUUUCUGCCUCCAGCAACACGGAGACGGUCCACAUCUUCAAAUUAGAGACGCAGAAGGAGAAAUAUGUGCCAGCAGAAGAGCCCACUACAUGGGGAGGGUACCUGGGGAAGGUCCUGAUGGCGUCCACCACCUAUCUGCCUUCACAGGUCACAGAAAUGUUCACCCAGGGGAGAGCCUUCGCCACUGUACGGCUGCCUUUCUGUGGGCAUAAGAACAUCUGCGCCUUAGCUGUGAUUCAAAAGAUUCCUCGGCUGUUGGUCGCCGCAGCUGAUGGAUAUCUGUACCUGUACAACUUAGACCCACAAGAGGGAGGGGAGUGCACGCUCAUGAAGCAGCACAGAUUAGACAGCAGCACUGACCCACCCAAUGAGAUCCUGGAGCAGGGGUCACAUGAUCGCCCCCUUGUGGCCCAAACCUACAGUGCUGCUGUCAGUAAAGGUUACUGCGAAGAACAGGGUGCCGUGGGAGGGGCGGGGCUAGAAGAGGACCUCAACGACUUGCGCUUGGAGGAGGAGAACGAGCAGCCGCCGCUCAUCCUUGAAACUGACUGACUCAGUUAGAGGGCUCCUCUGGUGCCUCCAUAACCAUGUGACACAAGGGGGGCAGGGAGAGGGACGAAGAUCCGAGGUGGGGAGGGGUGUUCAAGAACCUGCCUGUCAGUCUAUCUGUGCGUUUUUCUGUCCACAUACACAUCCUUUUCUCCUUUUCUUCCCUCACUCCUGUUUCCCUCAGUUUAGCCUGCGCAGGCCGAACUAAAGCUUUGCAUGUACAUGUGCCAACUGCUAAAAAAGAAACAUGCUCUGAUGUGAAAAUGACUACAUGUGAGAGUGAGUGUGGUUAAAAAUGAAAAUAAAAAAUGUAGCUGUGUUUCCUAUGAGGACACGCACAGACGCAAGCACUGUGUAAAAUGAAAGCGAUCAUGUAAGUGCCUCUCUGCUCCAAAGUCAUGGUUUUGUUUGAAAGAAGAGAGGAUUUAUUCUUUCUUUUUUUUUUUUAUUGGUGUAAUAAAAUCUGAUUUCAGUUGUCGGAUCUUAAUCUAGCGUGUGCGCUCUUUUCUCACAUUUUCCCCCAACGCACACAGUCCCAAAGAAGAAUCAAGUUUAUCUGUAAAAGAAAUAGGUUUUUAUCGUGAGGCAGAAGUGUUUCCAGACAAGAGUGUGUGUGUGUGUGUGUGUGUGUGUGUAUGCUUGGACUGAAACUUAAGUUGAGUGUGUCUGUGCUGGGCAUGUACAUUAGCAAAAAUCUAGUAAUUAGCCCCCUUAAUGUCCUCAUUCACUUUUACCUCAUUCAAACAGAGGCUCAGUGCACCUUCCCCGACUCCCGCUCCACCCUCCUCAGGCCUGCAGUCGCUGGUUGAUUUUAAUCUCUGAUAUUAAUGAUCGUUUUUAAAAUCUUCAUAACUAGUUAUAACCAAUGAUGUUUCAUGCGUAUGAAAACAUGCAUGGUGUUGUUGACGUGGUACUGUGCCCAUACAUCAAAGACAUGUGGCCGGUGAUGAUGAGCUGAGAAAGGCAGGAAAUGCCUCUUCCUCUCAUCCUCCUGUAUCUUUACUCUGUACGUUACUAGAUGUGGCAAGAUAAAGUUCCGCCCUGUUGUUAGGUUAAGACUUCAAGUCGGCACUCUGGGAAAGUGGAUGUUUAACCACGGAGUGAACUGUGGAUCGUAAUUUGAUUGAUCUGGAGGUCAGGCUGAGCCUCGUUAACUGGUCCAGGAUGCUGCGUGAUUCCAUAUUAAUCCUCCAGCGUCUGCGGCCGCUACCGAAGGAUUAGCUGUGGAAUUUUUGGAGCAUCAGGCGUUUUCUAAUGAUUUUGUAUAAAAUGUGAAAUGUUCAUCUGAAACUAAAAUGAAAAUAAAUUCUGUAUUGAUGUA